AUGAUUUUUUCAAAAUUAGAUUUAUUUUCUUCUCCGUUCUCAUUUAACACAGGUAAUUAAUAAAUGAAGAGAGGAACUCUAUUUGGGACAAUCACUACAUUUGGUGUUUUAAUUGCUACAUUGUCAUAUUUUAUUUACAUAAUUUAGUAAUAUGCUACUAAUUAAAUAGAUCCUGUGUUUAGAUCACAAAGCCUAAUCAAUCGUACUUUGAUUGAGACUCCCCUAAGCAGUGAUUUAGUUGGAUUUAGGUUUGAGAUGGAUAAUUCUUCUAAGCAGUAAAUCUCUUAAGACAAGACCUAUUUUGUUUAUUUAGCCUUCUUUGAGUAUAUUUCUUCUGAUCUCAAUUUAUUCAUACCUCUAAAUGUGAUUGACUGCACGAAUUCUAAUCUUUAAGGAUUCAAAUGUUUAGAUUUUACAAGUGUGUAAAAUUAUACACUGCUUCUCAAUACAAAUUAGAAUAGGAAAUCUACAAUACAGAUAAUGACAUAUGGUUGUUUAGAUAUUGAUAAACUAAAGACAUAUGUCCCUGAUAAUUGUGCAAGCCAAGCAGAAAUUGACAAAAUGGUGAAUGGAAUAAACUCUUUAUUAAGGCUUAAACUCUAUACUUCUCAGUAUAACACAGUUACUUAAAGGAGAGAAAUUAAUUAUAGGAAUGCUUAUGUCUAUACAGUAGCUAACCAAUAGAUAGUAACUCAACUGAAAACAUAAAAUUAAAAUACUUCUAUUAAAUAAGGUUUAAUAGUGCAAUCAGAAUCAACCUUUUUUUCUCCAAUUUAAUACUCUUAAUCAGAUUAAAAUAUUGACAGAUAAUAUGCUCUUUAGUAAAUUGGGGCUGGGGGAUACACUUUAGUAAUAUUAAUGUUAGAUGAAAUAAUUUAGCAUAUCCAAAUUCAAUAUCCUACUUUACCAUAAAUCCUUGCACUUGUAAGUGGAAUUUUUACCUUAUUAAUGCUGAUAGGAACUUUUGGUAGAAUGGUUUCACAAAAUUCCAUUAAUAAAGAUUUUUUCAUACUCUUCCUUAAAUAUAUUUACCAAGACAAUUAUUUGUAAAUUUUAAAGGCAAAUAAUUAUUUCUUCAAUAAUGAAAAUUAAGAAAUUGUAAUAAAUUAAGAUUAAUUUAUAAUUGAAGAUCAAACUCCUAAAAGAAAUCUGUAAGAAAUAAAUAAUGAAAAAUAAUAAUAGAAUUAAUAAAAAAUUUCGCUUCCACUAUUUUACAGUAAGCAAAAAACAGCUAUUGAAUUAGAAUAAUUUAAUAAUACAAACUAGGAAAAUAUAGAAAAUUUAUUAUUUCUCUAAAGCAAUACUAAGACAUCUAAUAAUUCAAUUCCUUAAGAUUUUAACGAAGAAAGUAUAUUUAAUCAAAACAGCUAAAAUAAGUAAAAUUCAAAGAAUAUUGAAUUUUAAGAACCAAAAUCUAUGAUUUAAGUAUCAUAGAUUAAUUAAUAAAAUGAUCUAUAAAAGCUGAAUUUACCUCUUAGUGUUACUUUAAAUGCAACCUUGAAGUAGUCAGCAACAAAUAAAAUUAAAGAAAAAAAUAUUUUUCUAUCUAAAGAUAAAAAUGCUUUAGAUGGGGGUGAGGAGCAUGUGAAACUUAUGAAAAAUUUAAAAGCCAUUUAAGAUUCUAAUUCAUUUAGCAAGAUACAAUAAAACUUAAACAAAAUAAAAAAAUAAAUGCAAGCAUCAAAAGAAUAUUAAGUGUAAAAAGUUGAUUACUAAAUAAGGAAAGACUUGAACAUCUUUAAUUUUAUAAAAGAUAUAAUAUUGAUAAAAAAAGCUAUAAUGAUGCUACUAACAAAAGAUUAACUAGCAGCUCUUCACCUAGUAGGAUGCUCUUCGAGUUUUCUUGAAUUAAAUUUGAGUAGCAUUAAUUGUAAUAUCAAUUAAUAUGUAUAAAGCAAAAAUUUAAGUUAUUAUGAAAUACAAACGGCAAUCUUAUAAUCAGAAAAAUUCCAAAAUGAUUUUGUCUAGGAAUUUCUAUCUAGAUGUUCUAGUGAAUCAAAUUUAAGCAAAAUUGAUUAGAGAAUUAUAUCCUCAAUCAAAAAAUGUCAUUAACUUUGA